GUCCAUUGACGCAGUUUGGUUCUGUUUCUCUGUAAGGCUUAAGUUUGAGUUAUAACGAAGUCUGGAUUCACACUGCUUUGUCUCAUUCCUCUUUCUAUGACCAUUGGCCAAGCUGCUGCUAUGGAUGAGGCAAACGUCUGCUAUAUCUUGGAUGCCGUUCUGUUCGUCUACGGACUUGUCCUAACUAUCCUUUACUGCAGAAUGAAGAUUCAGCAGGAACUAGCAAAAAAACAGGCUUCUGCAAAGAAGGAAGCAUCAGAGGGAGUCUAUGAGGGACUUUCACAUCGUACUCAAGAUACCUAUGAGGCCAUAAACUUGAAGACCAAAUCAUAAGAUGGACAUAGCAGGAGAAAAAAAAUGAUGUGAUCGUUUUAUUUUUCUCUUCUUAGCUUUAUUUUGUUGUCGUAUUCCUGUUGACUGACGUACAAACUAAGCAACAGUCUUUGAAUAGAAAUGCACUGUAAUGCUAGAGACAGACUUCUAUCAAAUUUUACUAAAAAGCUUAUAAUAAUUGUAAAUUUUUUAAUGUCUUCAUAAUUUUGGAAAGUAUAUAUGUAUU